AUGGACUUUGGAGACGAGCAUCCUGGGGCCGAGGUCACCGGCGUCGAUCUGUCACCCGCCCAACCGCAAUUUGUACCACCCAACGUCAAGUUCGAAGUCGACGACAUCGAGGACACCUGGACUUACUCACGUCCCUUCGAUUACAUCCACAGCCGGAUGAUGAACUCUAGCAUCUCCAAGUGGGAGGAGUACAUCCGGCAGUCUUAUGAGUAA